GACUGGCAUUUUUUACCACUUGUGAAAACUUUGCUGUAAUUCAUUUUUCCUCAUUCCCGUAUUAAGAAUUAUAUCAAAUUGAAAAGAUAUGAAUGAAAUUCCUAAAAAAAGAAAAAGGAAGACUUUACACCCUUCUCGUUAUUCAGAUUCCUCUGGAAUAAGCAGAAUUGCAGAUGGAUUCAAUGGAAUUUUUUCUGAUCAUUGUUAUAGUGUCUGUUCUAUGAGACAACCAGACUUAAAAUAUUUUGACAACAAAGAUGAUUCUGAUACAGAGACAUCAAAUGACUUGCCAAAAUUUACAGAUGGAAUCAAGACCAGAAACAGAAAUCAGAAUUAUCUUGUUCCCGGUCCCGUACUUAGAAUUCUAGACGACACUUCCUUUUCUACAGAAAAAUGUACUGAUAUUGAAAUCUGUGAUGAAGACUGUGACUCACCUGAACCAGUCCACCAGCAAACCCAAGAGGAGAGCCCUAUAGAAGUUCACACUGCUGAAGAUGUUCCAAUCGCCGCAGAAGUGCAUGCAAUUUCCGAAGAUUAUGAUAUAAAGACAGAAAAUAAUUCCUCGGAGAGUCUCCAAGACCAAACUGAGGAAGAGCCACCAGCUAAACUUUGCAAGAUUCUUGAAAAGAGCCAAGCUUCGAAUGUGACUGCCUAGCAGAAAUGGCCUUUACUGAGAGCUAAUAGCAGUGGCCUCUAUAAAUGUGAACUUUGCGAGUUCAACAGCAAAUAAUUUUCUGAUUUAAAGCAGCAUAUGAUCCUGAAGCAUAAGCGUACUGAUUCAAAUGUGUGUCGAGUAUGCAAGGAAAGUUUCUCUACCAACAUGCUUCUGACAGAACACGCCAAACUGCGUGAAGAGGAUCCCUACAUUUGUAAAUACUGUGACUAUAAGACAGUCAUUUUUGAAAACCUCAGCCAGCACAUUGCAGACACCCAUUUUAGUGAUCACCUUUAUUGGUGUGAGCAGUGCGAUGUGCAGUUCUCCUCGAGCAGUGAACUCUACCUACAUUUCCAGGAGCACAGCUGUGAUGAACAGUACUUGUGUCAGUUCUGUGAACAUGAGACGAAUGACCCGGAAGACUUGCAUAGCCAAGUGGUAAAUGAACAUGCUUGUAAAUUAAUCGAGUUAAGUGACAAGUAUAACAAUGGAGAACACAGACAGUACAGCCUCUUGAGCAAAAUUACCUUUGACAUAUGUAAAAACUUCUUUGUGUGCCAACUAUGUGGUUUUCGGAGUAGACUUCAUACAAAUGUUAACAGGCAUGUUGCUAUUGAACAUACUAACAUUUUUCCUCAUGUUUGUGAUGACUGUGGGAAAGGCUUUGCAAGUAUGCUGGAAUAUUGCAACCAUUUAAAUUCACAUUUAUCUGAAAGGAUUUAUUUAUGUCAAUACUGUGAAUAUUCAACAGGACAAAUAGAAGAUCUUAAAAUUCAUCUAGACUUCAAGCAUUCGGCUGACUUACCUCAUAAAUGUAGCGACUGCUUGAUGAGGUUUGGAAAUGAAAGGGAGUUAUUAAGUCACCUUCCGGUCCAUGAGACAACUUGAUUAUUCUCUUUAACUUCAUAAUGUUAAUGUAAAAUAAU